AUGGUUGUUGAUUACAAGUCCGCGACGGAGCGAUUCAAAAUCCCAGAUCAGAUCAACAACUACGUCUUCUGGAGUGAUAUCUUCAACACAGCAGACACGACCUUGAAAGACCCAUUGGCCGGCAUCUGGUUUCGCAUAGAGCAAGGUCCACCAGUAGGACCCGGAGUCCACGGCUAUGACGAGGCUGGCGUGGUUUGGGAAGGUGUGUAUCCUCUCCAAUGA